UGACUAUCAUGCACCGGCCUCCUAUUGGCUGUGACGCGCAUCCGGUUGGCUGUAUGUGAAAGCCCGCAGUCUCUCCGCCAUCUUCCUUGUCUCCCCAGUACUAGUCUCGUAGAGUAGCGCAGGGAGGGGACACAAGUUGGGUUGCACACAGACCGCGCGGGCCUGACGGGACCUGCUGCCUCCGCUGUUGCCAUGGAACCCAGAGCAGUCCGCCAGUGAGCCGCCGCCCUGUGACACCCCCCCAUCCCCGCUCACACCCGCUAUCUCCGAUCAUCCCCGGCGGCUGCACGCACCAUGUCGUCCGCCCGAUUCGAUUCGUCGGACCGCUCGAGCUGGUACUUCGGCCCCGUGUCCCGGCAUGAGGCCCAGUCUCGGCUGCAGGGGCAGCGGCACGGCGUAUUCCUGGUCCGGGACUCGUCCACCUGCCCCGGGGAUCACGUGCUGUCCGUGUCCGAGAACUCGCGGGUCUCCCACUACAUCAUCAACUCGCUGCCCGGCCGCCGCUUUAAGAUCGGGGACCAGGAGUUCGACAACCUGCCUGCUCUGCUGGACUUCUACAAGAUCCACUACCUGGACACCACCACCCUCAUCGAGCCGGCGUCCAGGUACGCAAGCCCACCAGGUACUGCUCCUAAUGUUCUUGCAUCAGAGGAAAACCUGGAGUGCGUGCGGACUCUGUAUGAUUUCCCUGGUAAUGAUGCUGAGGACCUUCCUUUUAAAAAAGGUGAAAUUUUAAUGAUUGUAGAAAAGCCAGAGGAACAAUGGUGGAGCGCCCGAAACAAAGACGGUCGUGUUGGUAUGAUCCCUGUUCCUUACGUGGAGAAGCUUUCUCGUCUAUCGCUUCAUGGGAAAAUAGGAAACAGGAAUUCAAACAGCUAUGGUAUACCUGAACCUGCACAUGCCUAUGCUCAGCCUCAGACUCCCAGCCCUCUGCCUGUCUCUUCCACCCCUCCUGGCGUCGUCAUCACUCCCUUACCUUCUACGCAGAAUGGACCCAUCUAUGCUAAAGCUAUACAGAGACGGGUUCCAUGUGCUUAUGAUAAAACCGCUCUUGCGUUAGAGGUGGGUGACCUGGUAAAAGUGACUCGGAUGAAUAUUAACGGGCAGUGGGAAGGAGAAGUGAAUGGUCGGAAAGGGCUUUUCCCCUUUACACAUGUGAAAAUCAUUGACCCCCAGAAUCCAGAUGAUAACGAGUGACUCAUUAAUCUGCGUUUGGUUCUGCUAAAUUCACCCUCCCUCCUGCCAGAUCCUGACGCUUGGCAUAUACUUCCACUCAGUCUUUCAGCAGCCUGGUUAUUUGACCCUUCUGAAAAUAACACACUGCAAUGUUCACCUACUGAAGCAUGUAACAUAGCUGUGUCUGUCCAUAAUGCGAAGCUGCUGCUUACUAUGUUCAAAGGUCUGAACAAGCUUACUUAUCUGUGCUGUACUGCCAGCUGCUAAUCCUGCGAUACUGUGGAGAACAAUGCGUGGUGGAAUCUGAGGCUUCUGAUAUUUUUCUUUUUCAGGUUUUACCUUUUCUUUAUUUUUUAUUUUUUUGGGUGGGGGGGUAGUUGGAGGGUUGGUUCCCUCUUGAACAAAUGAAAUCAUGCCUAAAGGAUUGAGGACAUUAAUACAUUGACAUAAAACAUGGCUGCAAAACUUUGUGUUGAAGUUGUCCCACUUCAGUCAUUUCUGAAUAUGGAGAGAGCGUCUAUUGCCCUCAAAUGUUGUAAACUCUGAAAUCCCUAUUACACGUGAGAAGAACUUAAGUGGUAAUCAGUUAAACUGAGGCCUUUAUUUAUAACUCAAAUCAUAUUAAUUAUUCUACACAGGAACUUGGCCUCUUCUCCUUACAAAUGCAGAGUUCAGUCACUGGGAUGGCCUUCAAACAAUGAAUGGAUUUAAAUGUAAUAUUCCACUAUGCUGCAGUAUGUGUCUUUCUCUCCUCCUCGGUGCCAUUAUCGAGUUGUCAUGUGACAUGUUCAGCAUCUAGAGCUCCUGGAGAAUCUGCGAAUGUUGUGGGGGGGGAGUUUUCUCUCUGUUAAAUUAAAUAUAAAUCUGACCCCUCAAUUUGUACUGUCGCAGACUUGAAGCCCCAACUUCUAUAGUAAAAAAAAAAAUAUAUAUAAUUUUUUUUUUUUUCUUGUGGUCCAGGGUUUCAGUUAUCCCAGCUGCAUUCAUAACACUUUUUUGUCGGACUCUUGAUUUCUUAUGCAGUAAAAUAGCACAAGAGGGGGAAUCCAAUUCCACACAACGAGCCAGCUCCUUCUUUCCAUCUCAUGUUUGUUUUGCCCGCUUUUCUUGAACUGGUGCAAAUGACUAUGCAAAGUUAAAUUACCUUGACUCCAGAUAUUAAGAUGUCUGAAAUGUUACCUUUCAGGCUUCGUAUACAGUUCCUGCUAUCCCCUACGGCUCCUUCUGUUUACUGCCCAAUUUUACUACUCCUGCCAUUUUAGCCCAGAUCAGUAUGACAGGUGCUCUCCCUCAUUUUGGUUGGAGCUGGAAACUUUGGGCUUUAGAGUGUGUGAUCGCUGCAUUAGCCAUGCUUUACGGAUUCAUUUUUCGAUCCAUGUGGAUGUUUACCAGCCUGACAAAUGUUGAAAGGGAAUCUGCUAUUUGGGACACUUGCUAAUGAGGGCAAUGUUUUAUUUUUGUAAAGGGAGGAAGAAAAUGCAUUUGUGCCAUUUUGUUUGCUUGUAAAUUGUAAUUUUAUAUUGUAUUUACCUUUUUGGGAGGAAUUUCUAUUUUGCGUUUCAGUGUAAUGAACAUUUUUAACUGUUUUGAAGCCAUUGAUGCUCACUUCAUAAAACGCAGUUUUGUUUCCACUCGAUGUUUUCUGUGUAACGUUUGGAGGGCCAGCCUACAUGAGGGCUUUCUCUCGUGGGAGGGACUUGUGUCUCAAUAGGUUACAUAGAAUACACAAUACUGUAGGUGUAUGCUUUUUAACCUGUGUUUUUUUUUUUUUUUUUGUGUUUUUUUUUUUUGAAGGGGGGAAGAAAUCAUAGCUUUGAGUUUUAUUUUAUUUUUUUGUGCUGUAAAAUUAACAGUAUUAAAUUACUUAUAUUCUUAGAAUA